CACCUUGUUAGUAACCUUCCACACAAAGCCAAGAAAAUUUCCACUUUGAUCCACAAAUUUCUCAAUUUUAGAAAAUCAAUUAACCGACCCACACUGCAUUCUACAUAUGUUCUCAACCGCUAAAUCACACAAUUCACUAUCAUUAUUGUAUCGUGCUUCAUUCUUCCAUCAUCAUCCUUCGAGAAAAAUAACCAAAAAUAAUGUCAAAAUUUGAUCCAUAUAACCACUUUGGCUUGACUUUCAAUCCUGAUGGAACCCUCCACCGUGGCUACAAGACACCCUCAACCGACGCGAACCCCGAGCCUUCACCGGGGAUUUCCACAGUGUCCAAGGACAUAACAAUUGAUGAUGAGAAAAAAAUAUGGGUUCGAAUUUUCCGGCCAACAAAGCUUCCAUCAAAUGACAACACCGUGGCACGUUUACCGAUAUUGAUUUACUUUCAUAAUGGUGGUUGGAUUAUUUUAAGCCCGGCUGAUGCUGGUACACAUAAAAAAUGUUCAAAUCUUGCUUCUGACAUUCCUAGUAUUGUCGUCUCUGUCGCCUUUCGUUGGGCGCCAGAGGCUAGGUUACCAGGACAAUAUCAAGAUGCUCGGGAAGCUAUUUUGUGGGUGAAAAACCAAAUGACGGGUCCUAAUGGAGAGAAAUGGCUGAGAGACUAUGGUGACCCAUCAAGGUGUUAUCUUUAUGGAUGUGGUUGUGGUGCAAACAUUGUGUUCAAUACGGCCUUGCAGAUUGGAGAUGUGGACUUAGAGCCUCUAAGAAUUAGUGGCCUUGUUAUGAAUCAACCUAUGUUUUCUGGAGAGAAAAGGACGGCCUCAGAAAUAAGGUUUGCAACGGACCAGACUUUGCCCUUACCAGUGUUGGACAUGAUGUGGGCCAUGGCUUUGCCUACGGGGACAAAUCGUGACCAUAGGUAUUGCAAUCCAAUGGCGAAAGGACCACAUUUGGAAAAUGUCAAGAAAUUAGGGAGGUGUCUUGUUAUUGGGUAUGGUGGAGACAUAAUGGUUGAUCGACAACAAGAAUUUGUGACCAUGUUGGUCAAAUGUGGGGUCCAGGUUGAAGCUAGGUUUGAUCCUGUGGGGUUCCACAAUAUUGAUAUCGUUGACCCUACUAGAGCUAGUGCAGUUAUAAAUAUUGCAAGGGAGUUUAUUAUACUUUGAGUUUUUGGCAUAAUUAAUUGGAAUUUAGCACUUAAUAUCUUUGUAUUUCUCUUAGUUUGGAUUAUUAAUGUAAGUUUGGUGCAGCGUAGGUUACUUGAACAUGGGGCUAAGUGUACUCAGAUUGUGCUUGUAAAGUCUCAAUGAAGGGCAGUAUACAUAAUUCAAUUAAAUUAGUGUAACUCUUUGAUACUCUUUUUGUCCUUAAAUAUAAUCACUUUUUAUCCUUAAAUAUAACCACCUCUUGCAUA